AUGCUGUUGUCACAUACCAUGAUACUUCGAAGAGGAAUAUGCACUACUAAAAAGGCCCUGGCAGGUCACAGUAAGUGGGCCAAUAUUAAACAUGACAAGGCUAAAAAUGACCUGGAAAAGAACAGAAUAUCAUUCCGUAUGUCUCAACAAAUCACUGUCGCUGUUAAAAUGGGUGGAGCUGAUGUUGUAGGGAACCCAGCAUUGGCCACCGCUCUGGAAAAGGCCAAAGUGCAGAACGUAACCAAAAAAGUAAUUGAGAAUGCCAUCAAGAGAGGAACUGGAGAGCUAGGGGACAAGAAUAACGUGGAACAAUGUACAUAUGAAGGUAUUGCACCUGGAGGAGUUUCAGUUAUUGUCCAGGCGUUGACGGACAACAAGUCUAGAACAGUAGGUCUUGUCAAAGCCUGCUUCACCAAAUUUGGAUCCAAUUUGACUCCAACAGCUUAUUUAUUUGAGAAGAAAGGUUCUAUAGUCAUUGAUAAGGGAGAAGAUAGCAUCGAUCACGUAUUUGAAAAAUGCGUCGAUCUGGGUGCUCAAGACAUUAUAGAGGACGAAGAGAAUGAUCGACUCGUAGAAGUUGUGACAGAUCCCCAAGAUACGGGACGACUCGCCAAAGAGUUAAAAUCCAUGUACAAAAUUGACCAAGUUUCUAUUGGUUAUAAGCCCAACGAAGACACUUUGGUCGAAAUCACAAAUGAGGAUCACCAGAAAUCCUAUGACAAAUUUGUAAAGCUCUUAGACGACGUUGACGACGUCACUGAUUAUUUUACCAAUCUCAAAAAGAAGCAAUCUUAA